GUGCAUACAGACUGAAGAUGAAGACAUACUGAAGUCCAUGAAAUCUUGCGUUCAUGAAACACUCACUACCGUUGCCCAGUAUUUUGGCCAGUUGAUAGAGCUGGUUUUAACACAUGAGGCCCAGAACCUGCUGAGACAAAUUGAACUCUCGGACAGUAUGUACGUCACUGAGUCAGCCAUCAGUAGUUUAUUCAGCCUUACCCAGGAGGGUGCUCACCUCUGCCGUAUCAUAGCUCAGGAAGGAGGUGUAGUUACUCUCUUUAAGAUCUGUCGCCAGGAUUGUUUCAGGUGCCUUUAUCCCCAGACGCUGAGAACAUUGGCAUCCAUUUGCUGCAUAGAGGAAGGGAUGCACCAGCUGGAAAAGGUUGAUGGGAUUCUGUGCCUGGCUGACAUUCUCACUGAUAGCAGCCAUUCCGAAGCUACUCACGCAGAAGCCGCAGCAGUAAUUGCACAAAUCACUUCUCCACAUCUCACAUUCACUCAGCAUCUCAGCAGCUUUCUGGAAAAUAUGGAAGAAAUUGUGACAGCCCUUGUCAAACUGUGCCAAGAAGCCUCAUCAGGUGAAGUUUUCCUGCUGGCUUCAGCAGCUCUUGCCAAUAUUACUUUCUUUGAUACUAUGGCUUGUGAAAUAUUGCUCCAGUUAAAUGCCAUGAAGAUUCUUCUAGCAGCAUGUUCAGACAAACGCGUAGUGGAUACUCCAUAUUCCCGAGAUCAGGUGAGGACCUUAUCA